AUGCCCGAAGACCCGGAAGACGUGAAGGCGAGCCCAUUUACACCAACGCCAUUUGACGCUAGACUCAUCCCGGAGUUCGACGGUACAACGGACGUCGUAGAAUGGGUGACAAGGGCCGAGAUGUUGUGCGAGCUUCGGGGCGCCGCCUUCCGGUCCGUCUUACCGCUGCGCCUGACUGGUGGCGCGUUCGCCGUGUGGUCACAACUCCCUCAAGCCAGCCGCUGUUCUCCAGAAGCCGUGCGUGACGCCUUGUACGCGGCGUUCGCUUUGGACCAGUACGCGGCGUACGAGGCAUUCGCUACACGCCGCCUCCGGCCGGGUGAGUCCGCCGACGUCUACCUGGCAGAGCUGCGGAGUUUAUCAACUUUGUUUGGGGGAGUCCCGGAGCGUGCCCUCGCCUGUGCCUUCGUGACUGGACUGCCAGAUGACAUUCGCAGAACAGUUCGCGCUGGAUGUAGGGCCGAAGACCUCGACCUGAGAGCAGCUUCACGAGCAACAAGUGAGAGCACCGAGGCGCACUCGUCGUUGCUGGAAUUGCGGCCGGCCGGAGCAUCUUGCUGCAGCAUGCCCGUGGACGGGAAACGACGCAGCACCGAGACCAUCGUGCACGCUUCGUGUUGCAUGCGGUGGCAACCGCGGAUCACCAGCGUAACGACCAUCAGUGGAGACACGUUCCGGUGUACUGGAGUCGGCGAGGUGUCUGUGGAGACUCCUGCUGGCCUGUGUGCCAGACUCGAAGCACUGGUGGUGAGCCAGCCUCCCCUGGGCGCGGAUGUUGUACUUGGCAUCGCAGGCAUCGAGGCACUUGGCGGAGUCACGGUGAAGUCUGCCUGUGAUGUUCAAUUCUGCGGCGCUGGACAGCGACGGUUGUGUGGCACCGAUGCCCCUGCGCCAUUGGUGGUGGACGCCCCUGACUUCAGCGUGCAGUUCAACACAGUGAGUCGGACGUGGAUCGUCACGUGGAAGUGGACGAAUGGUGCUGCCCCUGACUGUCUCGGCAACACAGUGGAGCAGUACAACGUGCCCCUUUCCAUGCGACAGGCGUUCUGCCAGGAGCUGGAGUCGUGGAUUACAAGUGGUUGGCUUGUACCUCACGAUGAGCAGCAGCACGGGGCACCUCGGGGGCUUCUACCGCUCAUGGCAGUGUGGCAGAACAAUGGCGGUAAGGUGCGGCCCGUACUCGAUUACCGUGAGCUAAAUGACUGCGUGACUGCCUUCACUGCCGACAGCGACGUAUGCUCUGACCAACUAAGGAAGUGGCGCCGGCAUGGAGAGAACGUGUCCGUCCUCGACCUACGCAAGGCGUAUCUACAGGUGCGUGUAGAUCAGCAGUUGUGGCCUUUCCAGACCGUGAUGGUGAGAGGUCGGCGGUACUGCUUAACGCGCCUUGGAUUUGGCCUCAACAUCGCUCCACAAGUUAUGAAAGCAGUUGUCAAGACCAUCCUGGCUCAAGACUCUAAGAUCGAACAAGCAGUUUUGCCGUACGUAGACGACCCAGUGUUGCCAACCCCUACAGACUACUUCGCCCUACACAGACACUGA